AUGUCUACAAUUACUGUGAGCUGGAAGGGGCUUUGUUCAAAGCAGGAAAAAGAGACAAUAUGGCAAAGCAUUAACAGAAUUAUUAGGAAAUGCACAACAAUAAGCGAAGACAAACUUUUGCGUUUACGAGAAAAAACUCUAAAUCCAGAUGAUUCAGCUAUGUUACUAGCUAAAGUAUUCUACCCUGAAGAUGAAGUCAAUAAGGGCACAGAAGAACAAGGAAAAGUUCGUGAUAAAUCGAAUGCAAUCAUUGAAGAUCUAAGAUAUGACUCUAUUAAUUUUCGGAAAUUCACCGAAGAAGAAAUAGAAAUGAUAAUACAAAAAAUGAACCCCAAAAAGGCACCAGGAGAAGACGGUAUCGUCAGUACGGUAACAUCAGACAUCUGCUAUGAGGCUUACAAAACGUCACUGUCAACUCUGAAGGCAAUUUUCAAUAAGUGUCUACAAUUAGGGCACUUCCCCGAGAUCUGGAAAAAGGCUGUUAUAAAAGUGAUUCCAAAGCCUGGGAAAGAUGAUUAUUCAGUACCUAAAUCGACUAAUCGACCUAUUGGAUUACUACCGGCGUAUGCGGAUGACAUACUUGUUAUUGCAAAAGGACAUUCAGCUAAUGCAGUAGAAGAAAAACUAAACCCGGCUUUAACGCGAAAAGUGGCAUGGGGGAAUAAAUACAAAUUGAACUUCGCACCACAUAAAACUCAAGCAAUAGUAAUCACAAAAAAGCUAUCGUAUGAAAUUCCUACAAUUAAAAUGAACAAUAUCAUUAUUAAACCAUCUUCGAGUCUGAAAGUACUUGAUAUUACUUUUGACACAAAUCUAAAUUUCGUAGAACAUUUAGAUGAAGUUCUCAGAAAAGCACUAAACAUCUAUAAAACCUUAUCGAGAACAGCAAGAGCCAACUGGGGUCUUAACUCAGAGAUAGUCAAAACGAUAUAUGUAGCUGUAGUGGAGCCAACUGUUCUUUAUGCGGCAAGUGUAUGGGCCACGGUAGCGAAAAAAGAAUACAUAAGGAAAAGAUUAGAACGUAUAUCAAGAAUGUUUGCAAUUAAGAUCUGCAAAGUCCACAGGACAAUCUCAUUCACGUCUCUAAAGCCACUAACACAACUACCAGGAAGAACCAUAGAAAAACCAAUAAGGCCAUUCUGUUUACCCCAUCCCGCUGAAAAGUACCGUGUAUCUUUCAAGAUGGUAGUCACACAAGAAGAAGAAAACGCAAUCGAAGGCCUUAGGCCGAGGCUAUACACGGACGGCAGUAAGUUAGAAGACAAAGUAGGUGGCGCUGUCAGUGUGUGGAGAGAGGGUAAAGAGAUACUCAAAUCAACAUUUAGGUUAGAAAGUUACUGUAGUGUUUAUCAGGCUGAACUUACUGCGAUUCUUAAAGCACUUGACAUGAUGUGCAAGAUCAGCAAAUUAAAGAAAGCAAUAAUACUAAGUGACUCACGAUCAGAGUGCCUAACCGACAGCUCAUCUCUCCACUCUCUUGCAGUUGAAAUACGAGAACGCUUAAAAGAAUUAAAAAAUAAAGACGGUGAUAUUGAGUUCUACUGGGUCAAAGCGCAUAUUGGUAUAUCCGGCAACGAAAGAGCUGAUGAACUUGCAAAGAAGGCAGCACUGACAAACAAACAAGCCGCAGCUUAUGAUAAGUGCCCUAUGUCCUUCGCGAAGCGACUCACCAGGAACUCUAACUGCAUGAGGUGGCAACAACGAUACAAUAAAGUUACAACAGGAGCAGUCACGAAGAUAUUCUUUCCGGACAUAAGACAAGCACACUUAAAAAUAUUAAAAUAG